UCACGCGUAUUAUGACAUUUGGUGAAAGUCAGCUGACGUUUGUUUAUCAAAAUUCUCGUUGCAAUUCCUUCUAAUUAUUUCAAAAUCCGUUACAAACCCCCUUUGUUUCAAGCCCCCCAGAUUUUAAUAAUUCAUUUGUGUUAAUUUAAAACGGUGAGUAAAAUCGGUCAUUCCUUUGUUCCUCCAGCCGAGGUCAUUGUCUUCCCUUAUUACGUAGACGACAAUGGGGCGCAUUUUCCUCGAGCAUAUGGGUGGCACUCGCCUUUUUUCCUGCGCCCGCUGCGACACGAACCUAACAAAUCGCUCUGAACUGAUCAGCACCCGCUUCACGGGGGCCACAGGCCGUGCCUUCCUCUUCAGCAAAGUGGUAAAUUUGACCUACAGUGAGGUCCAAGACAGGGUCAUGCUGACAGGUCGCCACAUGGUGAGGGACGUCUCCUGCAAGGCUUGCGAGGCGAAGCUGGGGUGGAUGUACGAGUUCGCAACUGAGGAAAACCAGAGAUAUAAGGAGGGAAGGGUUAUUCUGGAGAGGGCGUUGGUGACUGAGAGCGACGGGAUGGAGGAACGGGGCUACAAUGACCGCCAACACUAGUUAGUUAGGGCUAGAUUAUCAGGGUUUUUGUAUGGUUGGUAGUGAUAGUGCAAUUUUUCGGGUUUUUUCAAUCAACCAAUCGUAACCGUAUAAGUGAUACAAACCUUCAAGUGUUCAUUCUGUCUCGGAGUUUUGUAAUUUUUUUGAUACUUGUAAUAAGCUAGUUUUAAGUCGUUCUAUGUAGGUUUAUUUCAUCUCGUUUAAUAAAAAUCAUUAGCAAAAAUAA